UCUGUCUCUUAAAUCGCACUCGCUUUGACAGUGUUAAAUGAAGGCGCACAUCAUGGCGCGUGUUGUGACAUAUUUUGCGCACCUGUACACAGCUUUGUUUUUCGCUUUGACGUGUAUGCCACUGUUCGGACCGAUUGCAUGUCAGAGCAGCGUUUUAAAUUUAAACCGGAGAAACGAACGGGACCGAGAGCUUGACAGCCACGGUGGGCAUAUCGUUGGCAGAGAUGAAUCGCUUAUCCCAGCGCUCAGCCACGGAGAUUACAGCGGGGACCCGGUCGGACCGGCCAUGGGAUUUCCCCGAGUCCGGAGGGCUUCGAGCAUGGAGAAAGUCUCACUGCUCAGCAGCUCUUUCGUGCUUAAAGGAGAUGCCACCCAUAACCAGGCAAUGGUUCACUGGACGGGGGAGAACAGCAGCGUCAUCCUCAUUCUCACUAAGUAUUACCAUGCAGAUUCCAACAAAGUUCUUGAGAGUUCCCUAUGGAGAUCCAGUGACUAUGGGACAACCUACAGCAAGCUUAACCUGAUGCCAGGGACAACUAUCAUAGUCACAAGCUUCUACAUUUGUCCUACCAAUAAGAAAAAGGUAAUCUUGGUGAGCUCCAGCAUCAAUGAACAUGACCAGAUGCUCUUCAUCAGCACGGAUGAGGGUGCAUCCUUCCAACGACAGCCUGUCUCCUUCACUGUGGAAACACUACUCUUUCACCCAUCUGAGGAAGACAAACUUUUGGCUUACACCAAGGAGGCGAAGCUGUAUGUCUCCACUGAUCAGGGUCACAAAUGGACUCUGCUACAGGAGCGUGUAACUAAAGACAGAGUUAUCUGGGCCGUGUCAGGAGUGGAUGUGGACCCUGAUUUGGUUCAUAUGGAGAUUCAAGACAUCGGUGGUGGAUACCUUUAUGUGACAUGUCUCAUCCAGAAUUGCUCGGAUAAAAUGGUGACAGCUCAGUUCUUGGGGAAGAUUGACCACAAUUCCCUCACAGUGCAAAAUGAGUACAUAUUUGUAAAGGUAACCACAGGAAAUUUUACCAAGCAUUAUGUCUCGUACCGGAGGAAUGAAUUUGUUCAGAUGAGAUUUCCGAAAUAUGCCCUACCAAAGGAUGUGCAAAUUGUGAGUACAGAUGAGAAUCAGGUAUACCUGGCUCUGCAGGAAUGGUAUCAGACAGACACGUACAACCUCUACCAGUCAGAUCUACAGGGAGUCUAUUACUCCAUUGUGCUGGAGAAUGUCCGCAGCACCAAACAGCCUGAAGAGAAUGUCCUCAUCGACAUCUUAGAGGUUCGUGGGAUUAAGGGUAUUUUCUUGGCCAAUCAAAAAGUAGAUGGAAAAGUGAUGACUCUUAUCACUUACAACAAAGGCAGAGACUGGGAACCCCUGACUCCACCUACAACUGAUAUGAAUGGCAAACCAGUGUAUUGCAAGCAGCCUGACUGUCACCUACAUCUGCACUUGCGAUGGGCUGACAACCCAUACGUAUCCGGAACGGUCCACACUAAAGAUACUGCCCCAGGCCUCAUAAUGGGUGCAGGUAACCUUGGGUCUCAGCUGGUUGAACAUAAAGAGGAGAUGUACAUCACCUCAGAUUGUGGAAAAACCUGGAGACAGGUAUUUGAGGAAGAACAUCACAUUCUCUAUCUGGAUCAUGGCGGUGUCAUUGUGGCCAUUAAGGACACCUCAAUCCCUUUAAAAAUACUCAAAUUCAGCAUAGAUGAGGGCCGAUCAUGGAGUGUUCACAACUUUACCAGUACCUCUGUGUUUGUGGAUGGACUUCUAAGUGAACCUGGGGAUGAGACACUGGUUAUGACAGUAUUUGGCCACAUAAGUUACCGUUCCGAAUGGGAGCUGGUGAAGGUGGAUUUUCGUCAGUCUUUCCCCAGACAAUGCACAGAAGCUGACUAUGACUCCUGGCAACUCACUGACUUAGAGGGAGAGAAAUGUAUCAUGGGCCAGGAACGCAUUUACAGGAGGAGGAAAUUGUCAUCAUUCUGCAUUAAAGGAAAGAGCUUUACAUCAGCUCUAACUGCCAAACCUUGCCAGUGCACAGAGAAAGACUUUGCCUGUGACUACGGCUUUGAGCGAGCUCCCAGCCUUAGGUUAGAAGGUGAUCGCUGUUAUCCUGACUUUUGGUAUGAUCCUGACACUCCACCUGAAAACUGCCACUUAGGACACAGCUAUAAGUCCAGCACUGGAUAUCGGAAGAUCAUCACUAAUGUAUGUAAGGGAGGUGUGAAUAAAGAGCAGAGCGCAAAGCAGCAUUCUUGCCCUCUGCUGCCCCCUAAAGGCCUGCACCUGGGCAUCAAAGGACAGAUGUUUGCAGUGGCACCUGGUGAUGACAUCACAUUUAUUGUCCAUCAAGAACAGGGUGACACUACCAGCACCAGAUAUCAGGUAGAUUUAAUGGAUGGUUUCAGGGCUAUAUAUGAAAACCUGACUGUCACCGACGAACCCAUUCAGCACCGUUAUGAGAAGCCAGGUGUUUACCGGGUUAAUGUGAAGGCUGAGAACUCUGUAGGACAUGACCAAGCCACCCUUUACAUUCAGGUCACAGCUCCUUUACAGGAUGUCCAUCUGGAGGUGGUCCCAAUUGCUUGCAGAAAUCAGGAUGUAAAUCUCACAGCUGUAGUGCUACCUGCAGAGGCAAAUCUUACUGUGUUUUAUUGGUGGAUCGGCGAUAACCUUCAGCCAAAACUGACAUUGGAGAACAGUCUGAUCACGAGGUUCUCUGAGGAGGGUGAGGUUCCUGUGACAGUUCAGGCCUCUAAUGGUCGCUCCAUGGUGCAGGAUGGCAAGACUGUCCAUGUAUACGAUAAUUUCCAGGUCAUCCCACUGAGUUUCAGUCGUAAUCUGGACCAAUUUAACCCAAACAUCCCUGAGUGGAGACGAGAUGUGGGACAGGUUGUCACCAAGAGUCUCUCUAAGCUCACAGGGGUUCCUCAGGAUUCGAUGGUUACCAUGGUGAAGCCUGGUCUUCCCACCACUGCAGACCUGUAUGUUAUUCCUCAAGAAGCCACACCAGUGAAGAGGAGUGUUUUUGUAGAUAAGCGUGUUCCCACAAUAAAGAAAGUCCUGAGUGAGAACAAUGUGAGCUUCAUUGUGAGAGGAGGGUUAAGCGUACUGGUGACUCUGGCAGACUCCGAUACAGGACCUAUAACUAGUGACUUGUCUGCCAGCACAGCAGAGACUGGUUCUCCUUUGGGUGCAGCAGGUACAGGUGUUUGGGCUCUAGCAGUCAUUCUCCUCAUAACCUUGAUCUCUGCUGCAGCCUUCAUACUCGUAAUGUUUAAAAGGAAAAACUACAAAAACCUUGGUUCCUUGCUGAGACCAGAGGAGAGCAGCCUAACGAAUCCCUGGCUGCGUUUCAGAAAGCUGCCAGGGCGAAACGUCUACGCCCAGAUGCACAAGGAGAAAGAGCAGGAAAUGAGCAGCCCUGUCAAUCACAGUGAGGACACACAGAACAUCAUUCAAGGGGAGGAAUUCAUCGAUGACGACCUUGACUCACAGACUCUAGGUAACGCUGGAGGCAACCACUCGGGGGUGGUGUUGUGCAUAAAUACAGGGGACCUGAACAGUUACCUGAACAGCUGAUGACCAGUGGGAGGGUGCCAGUGAUGAGCACAAUAGACUAUAUGCCUUCCUACUCUCUCCAGCUCUGUCCCUUCAGACACCCUUACAGGAAUAAGAAGGCAGAGAAACACCUGCACCAAACCCUCUCUUCUUCUCUGUCUUCGUUUUUCCAGCCUGUUCCCUUACUCAAGAAAGUUGGUUUUCUACACAACCUACUGUGCCCAUUGCACUGAUGACAGGGCACACAUACUGUUGAUCAGCUUUCCCCUUAUGCGCACGUCCUGCAAUCUGUCUCAAUUCCUCCCAAAAUUAUCUCAUAAUUGCUCUUAUCAUGGGACCAGGGAAAGGCCCUUAUCAUCACUGCACUUACUAAUGCCCUGGGACAAGCUCAUUGACAAAACUCUUUAUUUGUCAUCUUUCUCACUGUGACUGGUUUGUCUUGUGCCCUUUUCAUUUUUUCUAUGUACUGUCUGAAUACUGUUUUUUCACUCUCUCAGGCCACUGAUGUGUCAUGGUCAUUGUAAAACUCUCACUCAAACUAGUUUUAAGAAUGAAUGCUGUGCAGAGGUAGUGAAAUGCACAGAAUGAGCAGGAAACAGUAUGCAUUUGAUUCAGGGGAAGCAAUGUUUGUUAGAUAUAGCCAAAGGGAAAACACUUCAGAUAUUCUAACAGUCUCACUUCACAUUUUCUUCCUUUCCUUUUACAACAUUUAGAAUUGUAAACCUUUUCAAACAAAUUUUAUUUGAACCCAUCGAGUUUCGAAUGCAAUAACACAACACUUGACAUUCACUCUUGCUUUAUAUUUUGUCAAUAAUAAUAAUAUAUAUAUAUAUAUAUAUAUAUAUAUAUAUAUAUAUAUAUAUAUAUUAUAUAUAUUUGCCAUUUUGUGGAUACUCUAUGCAGUAAAGUCAAAUAAUUUUUGUCUGUGCCCCAUCUUGCUCAGCUGAGCAUUAGAGUGUUAUGUCAGAAACAUACUUUCCACAAGUACACGAAUGCAGAUGCAAGUGCUUGGCAAACUUAUUUUAACGCGAAGUCCAGAUAUAUGCACAUGACGUGUGCUUGCAUUACUGUGGCGUUAACAUAUCUCUCAAGAACUCAAGGGGCAAUAGAGAUACAUUCAAAUAGACAUUACUUUGAAACAAAGUCUGUGAAAAGUGUUUUAGAAAGUAAUGUAUUAGUAAUGUGAUUAUUUUUGGUGAAGUAAUCAGUAAAGUAACCUGAUUACAAUUUAAAGAAUUAACUAUUUGUAAGGUACCUCGGGGUCUUGUUCACGAGUGAGGGGACAAUGGAGCGGGAGGUUGGCCGGAGAAUCGGGGCAGCAGGGGCGGUAUUGCACUCGCUCUAUCGCACCGUUGUCACGAAAAGAGAGCUGAGCCGAAAGGCAAAGCUCUCGAUCUACCGGUCAAUUUUCGUUCCUACCCUCACCUAUGGUCAUGAA